GAUCGGGCAUGAAUGUAAAUAAUGUGAUUUUCCAGACGCAACGACUGCGUCUUUCGGCGGAAUUCUUUCCGUUCUCGAAUAGUUUUACGAAUAAUUUUGUUGAGAUAUUAGGACAUUUCAUUACAGUACACUUAAGUUCACAAUAUCCCGUCCGAAUAAUAUUUUUCAGUGCGUUUCGAAGUGUCAUUGCUUAAAAAUCAAGUAGAAGAAGUUUCAAGUACUUCAAUAUCAACAAAAAUCGCAUACCUGCAUUCACGUAUUCUGCUAGUCAGCGACUGAAUUAUAGCAGCUCGUCGCAUGAGCUUCUGCUUAACUAAUGGUCUGAAAUUUUCUGCAAACUUCCAUCACAGAGGUUUGUCUCCUCAAUCAUCUAGCAGUUGGUGAUUUUAGAAUAUGACGGCAAAAAUGAAACACAAGUAAUCUAGUUCAUCAAUCCUUCACUCGGAGAAUUUCUACAUGCUCGAUACAAAAAUGGGUGAGGAGCCACCAUCAAAAAUGGGUGAAGAACUUCACAUCCAUGACCUACCCACCGAAAUAUUACAGUAUAUUUUUACUCUCCUCCCAGCUCAAGAUUUAUAUUCUUCCGUCGUUGUAGUUUGUGAGAGGUGGAAUUGUAUCAUCAAUUCAAAUUUUCUUCGCCUCAAAAAACUUCAUCUACAGUUUCAUGAAAGAGGUAUCUUCGGAUCCUUCCCAAAUGAAAAACUGGAUUACAACGAAAUCAACAUUAAAACCGUUAGGUACCUCCCAUAUCUUGAAAGUGCUGAAAUUUAUUGUAAUGAUGAAUAUCAUCCUCCAUUUGUCUGCCGAUUGAAUGAUAUGUUUCAGUAUCUUAGUAAGUUUAGGUUUACUUUGAAGCGCUUGGUUUUAAAUAACUUUAAACGCAUGCCAAGAACUAAUAUUGGUCUUAUAGAUAAGUAUUUUGAAAGUUUAGAACAACUGAGACUUGUCAAUUGUUCAACUUUACGAUCAGUUAAUUAUAAUGAUAUUAGUUUACUUCAAAAUCUGACAACUCUAUACCUAGAGAAUUGUUUUGACUUGACUAACAGUUUUCUAGGACAUAUAGGCAUGGAAUGUAAAAAAUUAGCUGUUCUAGUCAUAUCUGGAGUUAGAGGCAUAACAAAUGCAGGAUUGUUAAAAUUCAUUGAGCAUAAAAAGACGAGUAUUCAAAAGCUUGGUCUCUGUUGCUAUGGCAUCAGCGAUGAAGGAUUCCGAAGAUUAAGCGAGUGCAGCCAAUUGUCUGUUUUAUACCUCGAAGAAUGUCGGAAACUAACCUGGAGAGGCUUGGAUGCCCUUAAUAACUCUAAGUCUAUUGAACUCAUCGUAAUCAAUAGGAAUGGGUCUGCAACGAACGAAAUUUCUUAUUGGUUAGAAAUGUGUAGAAAAUGGAGGAAGAAAAAAAACUUUGAGCUCAUUGAAGAAGAUGACCAAAGAAUUCCGUACAUAAUUUUUGAUUAAAAUUUGUAGCAAAUGACAUUAGCAACCUGUCCAAUUUUAUCAACGAUACUUUCCUUUUUAUUCCAAAUGGUGCUAGCAAGAGGUGUAACUUUUAUUGUUUUAAUUUUAGUAACAAAAAUUUUGGUGUGAUGAAAUUUUGAUCAGUUGUUUGAGUAUUGUUUAAGUUUAUUGGCACCAAUUGAUUUUUAAGGGUUAACCUUUUUCUCAACCGAUUUUAUUGUAGACUUUUCUUUCCUCCUUGAUACUACAGCUGUCUGAAAUGUACAGUGAAAUCAGUAUAAAGGAAAGUUUAUCCCUUAAGAAAUUUUGAUCAAUGUUCAGAUUCUCAUUAAUUUUCAUCUUUAGAAAUCUUGUGAUUCUAUCUAGAAAAUGAAGAAGUAUUUUGACGUGGAACUUAAAGAACUCAUCACACUGUGUCAGGAAAUGGAAAUCUGUGGUAAUUUUUUCUGUUGACCCCUGUAGAUACUUCUUCAACUCCUAGUUGAGUACUUGAUUAAGUUGUUUAGUCAUUUUUCUUAAAAAAUAUUUUUCAAGAAAUGGAAAGGAAGUGUUCAACUAGUCACUGAUUUGUGGUCGAGUUUCUGUUUUUGUUUAAUAUUUUUAUCUAGUUGUUUUCGUGUAUCCAAAUGGUGGUCGAUUAAUUACCUGGACUGAGUUUUAAAGAAACGCAUCAAACUGCAUCAAGCUUGAACCCAGAAAAAGAGGUGUGAAGUUUUAUCCCUUUAUCAGACCCCAUGUUAAGGACAAUGUUUAAUGUUUAUUUCCACGUUUUAUAUAUUUUUUCGACCUUGAGUUUUUGACAGGAGAAAUUUUACGACUGUUAGAAAUCAAAAUUACUCUCAUCUCAAAUUUUUCCAAAACACGACAUUGAUGCAAUUCUAUUAAAGUCAAGCCAACCCUUACUCAAUCAGUUAUAUUUUUUGUGACGAUUCUGAUUCAGCAAAAAUACUUUAAAUCCAUGCUGUACAGUAAAGCAAUGGAUAAGGGUUUUUUAUGAAGGUUAUUGAAAAGACCAUGCUCGCUUCAGCGGAGUACUAACAUAUUAUGAAUCUGGUUUAAGGUGAUGCUGCUUCAAUACAGCUCUGUAAGGUAAUGCGGAGACCAAAGCUGUGUGGAGUUUAAUGUCUCUGGUUCUCCUUAUUACCUUAUUUAGAAGACACCCGGAGAUAUUACAUUUAAGCCUUUUUAUUGUUUACCACUCAAGCACAAAAGCAUGCAAUCUUUUUAUUUUUUUAUGAGUUCAUAUCCAAGAUUGGGUGGAAAAUUUUUAGAUCAAGCUGUUGUGCAGUGUAGCUACUACUCUUAUUUUUAAAAUAUGAGAAAAUUUACUUAAGAGUUUGUAAGAAAAUUCAUUUCUAUCAUAAGAGGUCUCCCAAGUAGAGGUUUUAUCCUCACAUUCAUAUUUUGGCAGUUAAAAUGUAUACUCGUGUGUAGCCAGACGGUCAUAUUCCUUUCAUUGUUCAAAUCUAUUUUUUCCUUUCAGUUUCUGGCUGUGCCUUUUAUUUCAUUUGUUAAGUGUAUUAAUUGUUAUGUAGUUUUUAAUUGGUUGUAUCAUACAAUAUUAUGAAUGUUUUUAUCCUUAGGUACAUUCUUUCUCACUACCGUUGUAAAAAUAAGUGGUCUCAAUAAAGUGCAAACCUUAUAUAUUGGAACAAUGUA